ACCACCACACUAUUUAUUCAAAAUUAAAUUGCCUCUCCCCUCUUAGGUGCUUACUCUGUAACCAUCUCUUUCAAACACUUUAUAUAUUUUGCACAUGACCACCGGCUCUUUUAGUUGCUUUUGAACCAUCAAUCAUCGGUUUCGUGGCGAGUCAAGUGCAGGAUACCGAACAGUGAAUUAUAGUCGGAGAUCGACACAAUGGGUUCCCUUCCCCAGUUAUCCGUGCUAAAGGGGCCACCCCGAAGCCUCAGUCACACUCAAAUCGACACCCUCUUCGAAAAAGUGGCCACGGGGCCAUCAUCCGACAAUACAGCCCUUAUUUUCGAAGAAAAUGGCGAAGUGCGCAAGCUCUCGUACCUCCAGGUGGACCGCAUCACCACGCGCUUCGCCCGAACUAUUAUCGACCUGGUGAAAACCCAAAGCUUGUCCCCCAACUCCGACGGUGACUAUAUUGUCGCCGUCAACAUGCACCCGUCCGACCACCUGGUGCUCGUUCUCUUGUCAAUUUGGAAAGCCGGGUGUGCGUACUUGCCUCUAGACCACUCAUUUCCAGCCUCGCGAAUCGAGCACAUCCUCCAGGAAGCCCAACCCGUCGUGGUCAUCUACGACGAAGAUACCAAGGACUUUGCUCAAACCCCAAAACUGUCGCACCAGGAGUUAGUCGCAGCGAGCGCGGGUCAGUCAGAGAAAGGUCUGGAGGAGCGGCUGCGACACCACAAGGACGACUUAGCGAUUGUGUUGUACACGUCAGGGAGCACGGGAAUACCGAAAGGGGUGAGAAUUCCUCACAAAGUCAUCUUGAAUAGAUUGCAGUGGCAGUUCAAAGCGUUCCCGUACGGCGACAGUGAGAAGGUUUGCGUUUUCAAGACGGCGCUCACAUUUGUGGACAGCGUUUCCGAGAUCUGGGGGCCUUUGGUGAACGGGUUGUCCGUGCUAGUGGUACCCAAGAGGGUCACGCUAGACCCGGAGAAGCUAAUCCAAACUUUGGAUGGGUACGGAAUCCAGAGACUAGUCCUAGUGCCGUCGUUGUUAAGGUCCAUUCUCAUGUGUCUUGAGUUAAAGAAAAACACGUCGUUGCUGAAAUGUCUGCGCUUGUGGGUUUGUUCCGGGGAGACCCUCACCACGUCCCUUGCUGCCGACUUCUUCAAGUAUUUCCCCCAGGAGGACUAUCGCUUGUGUAAUUUUUAUGGCAGCACUGAAAUCAUGGGUGACGUUACCUUCUAUGUAAUUUCGAACACCCAGCAGCUGAACAACCGUCUUACCGCCCCCAUUGGCAUCCCCGUCGACAACACAAUAGUGUACCUUUUGGAUUCCGAGCUGCGUCCGGUGAAAGACGGCGAAAUCGGUGAGCUCUUCGUCAGCGGGUCUAACUUAGCCGCUGGUUACGUCAACGGUCGCGACAAAGACAAAUUCGUCGAUAACCAACUCGCCAUCGACCCCAUUUUCUCCAAGUUAUACCGAACGGGUGACUUUGCACGUCUCGAAACCGGGAUUUUACUAUACGAAGGACGCACCGACUCUCAGGUGAAGAUUCGCGGACAUAGGGUGGACCUGUCGGAGGUGGAAAAGGCAGUCAGUGGGGUCAACGGAGUCGAGAAGGCCGUGGUUUUGUGCUACCAACCCGGCGAGAUGAACCAGGCACUCUUAGCAUUCGUGAAAAGUGCAGCUUUGAUGAACGAAAACCAAAUCGAAAAUAUGUUAAGACAAAAACUCACAGAGUACAUGGUCCCCCAAGUAGUACUAGUGGAAAGCAUCCCCUUGUUGGUCAACGGGAAAAUCGACAGACAAGCUUUGUUAAAGAGUUACGAAAGUACAAAUAAUAAUGAUGACGCUUGCGUGGAGAUUGAUAUUGACUACUCUGGAGUGGAAAGCGAGAAGAUGGAAGCCGCCAAGGUGCUCUUCGACACCGUGGCCUCCGUGCUUAACAGAACCGCCCGAGCUGCGAUUUCUCUCAAAGCCAACUUUUACGAAAUCGGCGGCAACUCGCUCAACUCGAUCUACACGAUAACGCGACUCAACGAGGAAGGUUACCACAUAAGCAUCGGAGAUUUCUUAUCGGCGGCCGAUUUGGGUGAAGUUUUACAACGGAUGACUUCGUCAGCGAACCCCGAAAGAUCGAGCCCGAUUUUCACAGCCGAGUUGCUGAAAAACGAGCACAAAUCGGCGGUUAUUGACAUUAUCACGACGAGUUUCUACCAGAAAGCCGACCUGGAGCAGUGGCUCAUGCCGGAUAUAUUCGAAUCCGACUACACGGAACUCAUCGACGCUCUGUGGGAGCCCCUUCUCGACAAAGCUUUGAGUUUCGUUACUAAAUCCGACUCGGGGAAGAUAGUCGGAGUGGGGCUCAACUUCGACGCGAGGGACGAGCCCGACGUGGAAAUUACCUCAAAACUGACUGUGAUAUUCGAGUUCCUGGAAUGCGUGGAAGGACCCGUAAGGGACGAGCAGCUGCCCACCGGCAAAGGCAAGAUCCUGCACUCGUUCAUGAUGGGCACCCAUUCGACUUUAUCGCCCAAAGAAAACGUAGCCGUUAUGCAAUUUAUGGAGGAUGAAGUGCUCAGGUUGGCGACGCGCAGACACUUCGAGGGGAUAUUUACGACCAACACCAGCCCCUUGACACAGCAACUCGGAACUGACGUUUAUCAUUAUCAAACUCUGCUUGAUUAUCAAGUGAAUCGAUAUGUCGCUUCGGAUGGGACGAGGCCUUUUGGCAAGGCGCCCGACUCGCAGAGAGCGAUCGCGCAAUGGAAACCUAUUUAAGAUUGUUAAUGGGUGGUUCGUAUUCCUGUGGACGUAUUUAUUGUGAUUAUGGUACCUAUUAUUGUCAUUAGUGUGCUGUUGUUGUAAAUAAAGAUAAUUAGGAUAGUUUAA